CCAGUUCGCACCGCGCGACAAGUCGUGGACGACAGCGUGCUCAGACGCCAUUUCAUGAAGAAAUGCACUGUUCGACCUUUGACAACCUACGAUGACCAGCAAAGUCCGACCCAGCGGUCCUGACCGUCUCGAAGACGUCCGCAUCGCCGUUAUAUGCGCGCUGCCCCGCGAAUACGACGCCGCCAUCUUGAUACUCGACGAGAAAUGGAAAACGGAUGAAAACGCCGAUAUGCGUACAAGAGGACAUGCGCAGAAUCAUACGAUAGGCUGGGUUGGAAACCACAUUGUUGUUAUUGUCCUCCUCCUCAACAUGGGGAAGGUCGGCGCGGCGACUGAAACCGCUCGUCUCAAAUACAUCUACCCUGGACUCGAGCUGGCCUUCUUGACGGGUAUUUGUGGCGGAGUGCCUAGUCCGGGGACUGCCAACGAGAUGUUGCUUGGUGAUGUGGUCAUCAGCAAGAGCAUUGUGCAAUACGACAUUGGUCGUCAGUACCCUGGCAAAUUUGAUCGGAAAGACACCGUCGAAGACAACCUUGGUCGGCCGAACAAAGACAUCCGCACUCUGCUUAUUGUUUUGGAGACCCAGUCCGCUUUGAACGAGCUGCAACAACGUGUCAGACAGAAUUUGGCACACGUCCAACGGGAGGCCGCCAACACAGGAUACCGAACCUCUUACUCGCGGCCCUCAACUGCAGAAGAUGUGCUUUUCGAGCCGACUUAUUCUCACAGACAUCGUGCUCAGCCACAAUGCGGCUGCAGUAAUUUAUUCGUCUGUGAUGAAGCGAUUAGUGCGUCAUGCGAGGAGCUACAGUGCGAAGCGAAGCAUCGAGUCUCGAGGAGACGCCUCGCAACCACGAGAGGAAGUCAAGCAGAAGCUGGAAAAAGCAUCACCGCACCAGAAACCCGGAUUCAUAUCGGACGUGUCGGCUCAGGUGAUACAGUAAUGAAAUCUGGCGAACACCGAGACAACGUUGCCAAAGCCCACGGCCUCAUCGCCUUCGAGAUGGAGGGAGCAGGCGUCUGGGACGAGAUUCCAUGCAUCGUAGUCAAGGGAGUAUGUGACUACGCCGACAGUCACAAGAACAAGAAUUGGCAAGACUUUGCGGCUGCAAUAGCAGCGGCAACGACGAGGACGCUCCUCGAACGCUACCCUACUAGGGAAACCCCCCAGACGGACGACGCAAAUUUGAUACCCCAAAGAAAUUUGGUCUCGAUGCCAAAACCCAGCCAAAAACCUAAUGAUCUCUCGCACUAUGUCAUCCCGCUUGCGAAAAACAAACGCUUCGUCGAACGGACUGAGACAUAUGAACUCAAGCGAAUGCUGUUUGACGAGAUGAACCCAACAGUUGCUCUGGUAGGAUUAGGCGGCGUAGGCAAGACGCAGAUCGCCUUGGAUAUCGCCUACUGGGUCAAGGAGAAUAAGCCCGAGUACUCCGUCUUCUGGGUGCCGGCUGUGAGCCUCGCAAGCUUUGAGCAAGCAUAUGCCGACAUAGCCAACGAGCUUGACAUUUCUCCAAAAAAAGAGGAUGGUGAUGAUAUCAAGUCAUCCGUCAAACAGUUUCUAAGCUCAAAGAGAGCGGGUUAUUGGUUCCUGAUUGUCGACAACGCGGACGACAACGAGAUCUUGCACGGAUCAUCAGACGAUGACGAUGGCCUCGACAGCUAUCUUCCACAGAGCGAGAAUGGCAUCACGCUAUUUACGACACGAUUGAGAGACCUGGCGAUGUCGGUUGCAGACGACGCUGUGGUGGACCUCGAUGCGAUGAAUCGAGAUGACGCCAUGAAGCUAUUUGGGAGAUCGCUCCACCAGCAGCGACAGGGUCUCCUCCGGGAUUCCGACUCGACGCUGAAGCUCUUGGACUUCCUCACACAUCUUCCCUUGGCAAUUACGCAAGCCUCGGCGUAUCUGAAUCGGAAUCGCCAUGUAUCUAUUGCCAAGUACCUUCAACUUGUGCAGGGUACAGAGCAAACCCGGAUGAGUACAUUGAGCCGAGAAUUCGACGACAGGACUCGGUAUCCCAGAUCACGAAACGCCAUCGCAACUACGUGGUUGGUGUCGUUUGACCAAAUCAAGCAAACGGACAGCUAUGCUACGGAGUUGCUAUUCUUUAUUUCACUCAUCGAGCCAAAGUCCAUACCACGCUCGAUCUUGUACUGUUCUGGUUCUGAAGAUGACAUGGAGUACGCUAUCGGUACUCUGUGUUCCUAUGCGUUUCUGGUUGCCCAAGAGGACGCACAAAGCUUCGAUAUGCACAGUCUGGUGCACCUAGCGGCACGUUUCUGGGCAAAACAACAGCCAAUUGAGGAACAAAUCACAAGGGCUGCUGUAAAGCAUCUUUGCGAGAUUUUCCCAACAAAUGACCAUGAGAACCGUACCGUCUGGCGAGCGUAUAUGCCACACGCCCUCAGGCUCUGGAGUACAAAAACACAAAUCAAUGAUCUAGAGAUCCAGGCCGCUUUGUAUGUCAAAGUUGGUCAGUGCCUAUUGCGCGAUGGACGAGUCAAGGAAGCCAUUAAGCUACUAGAACACUCAGUGGAUAUUCAAGCAACGCUUGAAGAAGAACAUCCAGAUCGACUUGCAUCUCAGCACCAUCUCGCAAAUGCAUAUCAAGAUGAUAGAAAAACCAAGGAAGCUAUGGAGCUACUAGAACAUAUAAUGAAAGUUGUAGCAACGCUUGACGAAGGGCAUCCAGAUCUGCUAGUGACUCAGUACAUACUUGCAAAGACAUACUACUUCGACGGGCGUAUCCAAGAGGCUAUCCAGCUACUUGAGCGCGUAGUGGAGGUUGAGGCAGAAAUAUUUGAUGAGGAGCAUCCAAAUCGACUUGCCUCCCAGCACGCACUUGCAAUGGUAUACCGCUCAGAAGGGCGUGUCCAGGAGGCUAUUGAGCUACUUGAGCGCGUAGUGAAGGCUGAGGCAGAAACACUUGACGAGGGACAUCCAAGUCGACUUGCCUCACAGCAAGAGCUCGCAGCGGUAUACCGCUCAGAGGGGCGUAUUCAGGAGGCUGUUAAGCUAAUGGAGCGCGUAGUGGAAAUUAAGGCAGAAACACUUGACGAGGGGCAUCCAGGUCAACUUGCCUCACAACACCAACUUGCAGUAGUAUACCACUCAGAGGGGCGUAUUCAGGAGGCUAUUAAGCUACUGGAGCACGUAGUGGAGGUUGAGGCAGAAACACUUGACGAGGGGCAUCCAGAUCAACUUGCCUCACAACACCAACUCGCAGUAGCAUACCACUCAGAGGGGCGUAUUCAGGAGGCUAUUAAGCUACUGGAGCGCGUAGUGGAGGUUGAGGCAGAAACACUUGACGAGGGGCAUCCAAGUCGACUUACCUCACAGCACUCACUCGCAGUAGUAUACCACUCAGAGGGGCGUGUCCAGGAGGCUGUUAAGCUACUUAAGCACGUAGUGGAGGUUGAGGCAGAAACACUUGACGAGGGGGACCCGGACCGACUUCUUUCACAGCAAAGGCUCGCAGAAUGUCUUGCAGAAUUGCCUCCAGAGGCAACUUAG